AUGGCUGAAGUUAAUUCUUCUCGACAUAUGACAUCUGUGGCAGGCAUUGCGGAGCCCCGAAGUCCCUCUCAUGACCGCUUCGAAAAGGAGAUGGCAGAAAUGAAUCUUACACCGAUGUCGAGAUCGCCCUCGGCCACGCUGCGCCUGAAUGAUCUGGGCAAGUCUCUGGAGUUACCUGCCUGGCUCAAGCGCAUCCGAGUUGGCACAGGAAUUUAUCGCGACGUCCGUUCGCGUGCUCCGUAUUACUUGAGCGACUGGACGGACGCAUGGAACUACCGCGUAGUUCCUGCAAUCGUGCUGAUAUUCUUCGCCAAUGUCCUCCCCGGCAUUGCAUUCUCUCUGGAUCUCAUCGAGACGACUGAGCAGUAUGGCGUUUCAGAGGUGCUCUUGUCGUCGUUCAUGGCCGCGUUCAUCUUUUCGAUAUUUGGGGCGCAGCCACUCUGCAUAGCAGGUGUUACGGGUCCCAUCACAGUGCUGAACAGGACCAUAUUCAAUAUCAUUGAGCGGCAGCCUGACCCUCCGAACUAUUUACAGUUUGUGGGGUGGGUGUACCUGUGGGGUGCCAUCCUUCACUGGAUCACAGCAGCCCUUAACUGGUGUAACUUCCUUCAAUAUGUUACCCUCUUCUCUUGUGAUACUUUUGGAUUUUAUGUGUCCUGGGUCUACUUGCAAUACGGCGUGCAAGUAGUCACACGACAGUUUCCUUCCCCAUCUAACGAUACAUCCACGCUUGACGGCGCCUUUGUCGGAAUUAUUCUCGCCCUGCUCAUGCUCGUCACCUCUUUUCUCUUCCGCUCGCUCUCUAAAUCUGCCUAUUUCCAUCGUCACGUCCGCCGUUUCUUUGCCGACUACGGAAUGCCUAUUUCACUCGUUGCAGCUUCGGGCAUGGCUUAUUGGGGACGCUUUGAUUCAGCAAGACCUAGUACGCUACCCACCGGAAGUCCGUUUAUGCCCGCUAACGGGCGUGAGUGGUUGGUGCGUUUUUGGCAGCUAGAUGGCAAAUGGGUCGGUAUCGCGUUCCCGUUUGGUGUCGUCCUUUGGGUGCUGUUCUUUUUCGAUCACAACGUUUCGUCGCUCAUGGCGCAAGGGACGGCAUUCCCGCUACGCAAACCUCCAGGUUUCCACUACGACUUUUUCCUUCUUGGGGUCACGACAUUCAUCGCCGGGCUGCUGGGACUCCCAGCACCAAAUGGCCUCAUUCCACAAGCUCCCAUUCACACGACUUCUCUACUAGUAAUGGGAUACCCUGAGAAGACGUCAGCCGAAGGAGACGUUGAAGGCCAGCCAAGGGCUUCGAAACACCAGGAAAAGCAACGUGCCGAUUAUCAAGGUGAAACAGAGAUGCAGCGAAUUCGAUCGCGCCGCUCGUUUUUAGAGUCCGAGCUUGAAUCGGACCCUGCACACGCUCGAGAGGGCGAGGGGAAGUUACACCGCCAGGAGAUCGCUCUUGCAGUUGUGGAGCAGCGCGUGUCGAAUCUUGCACAGGGUGCUUUAUGCCUAGUCCUAUUGACUCGGCCAUUCUUACAUGUACUACACUUGAUUCCGCGAGGAGUGCUAGCCGGAUUAUUCUGGUAUAUGGGCGCAGAUGCGCUGCAAGGGAACGGUAUUACGCGGAAGAUAUUGUACUUUAUCCGCGACAAGUCGUUGACGCCCUCGGAGGACCCUCUCAGGAGGGUUCGUAAGUCCCGGAUUUUUCUCUUCGUCGCGGUGCAGCUUGCCGGCUUCGGGGCCACGUUCGCAGUCACGCAAACGAUUGCGGCUAUUGGGUUCCCUGUCAUCAUCCUCUUACUCAUUCCCUUGCGGGCGCUCGUCAUACCUCGUCUCCCAUUCACGAAGGAAGAGCUAGCGAUCCUGGAUGGACCAACAGCGUCGCCAUUUACGAUGGAGUCUGUCGGAGGGACGCGAUAA